AUGUUGCAAGAUGAUGCCAAUCUUGCCACCGCCUACAGUGCUUACCAAGAAGCACGUGCCCGCCUGAGUGAGAAAUUCCGCAACAGAGGUUUCUGGCCAUCCAGUCGAGGUUCCAACAAUGCCACCAAGGGUAAGGGAUCAUCCUUCAACCAGAAGGGUAGUAGCAAGGGAAAGCGAGUUCAGCCAAGACGCAGCCUGCAGGACAGAAUCAUGUCCUCGAAUUGCCGUGCCUGCGGCAGACGUGGUCACUGGAAAGCUGAAUGCCCGUACAGAACUGGAUCAAAUCGAUCAGUUGGUUCAUCAGCCGCCAGCACUGCACCCACCACCACCGUGGUGACGGAGGGGAAUGCCGUUGCUGCCAGUCAGAGUUUGCCCAUGGAGUUCAUGCAGCUGCCCGAAGUGAAUGAGUCCGCCAUUGAUGAGGACGCCAGUGCCAUGACAAAGGGUCGGAUGACUGAUAGUGAGAGAACAGAGUUAGGAUCCGUAGAAGCCAGCCGAGACCAGAACCGUCUGUCCGGCACCACUGUCAGUUCCAGCACAGAAAAACCAGGUAUUUCAGAUACAAUCAAUCUGUCUGCAGCCGUGCUUUUUGCCACACAUAGCUCCCUCGGAGUGCUGGAUCUGGGGGCAACCAAGACGGUCAUAGGCAGUGAACAUGCCAACAUCGAUUGCCACAACCAGAGACUGUCAAGCCCAUGGUUCAAGAAUCCAGUGCCACUUCAGUUGACCAACAAAGGACUCUUUCUCGUUGAUUUGAAUGACAUGAUUCAAGCGGCCGACAGUACCAAUCCAAAGUCCUCCAAAGUGUCUGCGAAGACCGGCACUUGUCAUGAGACUUUUGCAUCCGAGGAAACAGAUCCUGUGAACGCACCGAGUCUUGCAGUCAUGUCGAUGAGCCAGCGUUUGAGCAAGCUGUACCAGGAAGUGACCGUGAAAGGGGAGGACCUGUCACACCUCACACUGGAGGAGCUCUCGGCCGAGAAGAUCAAGUUUGGGGAGAAACAUCAAGGAGCCACCAUGGAACAUGUCUGGCGAACCGACCCCGAAUGGAUCCGGUUCAUGGUGAAUCGAUACGAAACCAGUGUCAAGCCAGAACAUCAACGUCUCAUGAAGUUCGUGGAAUUGAAACUGAAAUACCACGAGGAGAAUCAGCUCCCAGUGAGAGUUCCCAAGGCCAGGAGCACGGCAGCCCCAAUGACCAGCCGCCGUCAGCCCAAGUGCAAGGCAGCGCCUCGCACUCCAAUCGAGGUGGACGAGGCCGAGAUCUCAGACCUCCAACUCGUCGAGAGCGAUGCCACAUGGGAAAACAUGUCACAUAUCGAGAUGUCCAACCCGGAGACUAUGCCCCUGACGGAUCUGAACCAGCAGCAUGCGGAGGAGUUUCAAGCUCUGCAGACGCGCAUGCUCAAUAUGGAGAAUGCCCUGAGCCGAGUGAUCCGACACUUGGAGGAUCAGGCGAACGACUCCAUCCAGGAGAAUUGA